UACAGGGCCGGCAAUAGCUGUGUUAGUACCUCUAAUGUUUCCUCGGCAUCAUCCUAUCGUAGGGGCCGCUUUGAUCUUGAGCCUGCAGUGAGUCUGUCCUCUUUGGAAACAAAUGAGCUGUCAGUUGUUAUCCUCUAUAAACGGGAUGCUUAUGGCAUCGCGGACUAUAAGCGCUCGCUGACUGUACCCCAAGAAGUCCGUCGCAUAGGCCGUUUCAUGUGUACUGACAUCGAGCAUAACAGUGCUCCUAAAUUACUCCACCGUAGUAUUAUCGGUCGAUUCCAAGUCACGACUUGGAAGUCAGCUUGUGUGGUAUCGAGAUCCUCGGAUUCUAUUGAUAGCUGUGAUGAGGUCGUCUUUAGGCGAUCUUGUUCCCCUUAGUUCUGACUUUUCUCGAUUCUCUACUCACUGCAUGCUGUACUCACACAGUUGCAGUGUUGUGAACAUAUAUUCGCUUCUUCAGUGUAGAUGUACAUCGUUCUGAUCAAUGAUCUCAUGUCAUUUUUUUCCUCACUUUUUCUCAGGCAACAGUUCUUACAGGCCCAUGAACUCACUGUGU